ACUCCGUUAGGCCCAGCCCAUUAUUCUCCAACUUUGCCGCCCAAACUCCAAGCGCGUUCAUUUUCCCUCUCCUUCUUCUUCACACUCCCACGAGGCCUAGGGUUUCUAAUCCCUCCAAUUUCUUCUCGAAAUCUCAAAGAAGGAAAAUGGCCAACGACGACGACGACAUCCCCAAAACCCCCAACAAAAGAACGACAAGAUCAUCCUCCUCCUCCCUCAGUUCACCCCCAAAACCCCCGGCCGGAACCCUAACCCUAGUCCCAUCCGAUGGCCUCACGUUCUCUCGGACCUCCAUUUCUCUUGAGAACUUGCUCUCGAGCCUCCCCGGCCGCCGAGCCCAAAUCCUCGACGUCCUGCGACUGAUCGGUCCCGUAGACUCCCCAAUGCUGCCCAUCCUUCUCUACGGCGGAGCUUCGACCGGAAAAACCAGCACCAUCCUCAAAAUCUUUCACCACCUCAACCGCCCUUUCAUCUACGUAAGCUGCCGAUCUUGUUACAACCCCCGAAUCCUAUUCGAAUCGGUACUCAAUCAGUUGGCUUUUCAUAGAAAGAGCGAGAGCAACGGGUACUCGAGCGCGAGGAGGUGCGAGAGGGCGUCGGAGUUUGUCAAUUUGCUGAGAGAUUCUUUGGUUCAGGUGUUGAAUGAUCUCGGGAAGGGGAAAAAGAAAGCGGGUUGUGGGAAGACGACCUAUCUGGUGUUUGAUAAUGUGGAGGUUAUUAGAUCGUGGGAUGGGAAUGCUAGUGUUUUGUCCUUGUUGUUUAGGAUCAAUGAUAUUUUGAGAAUUCCUGAAGUGGGCUUUGUCUAUAUCAGUAGUUCGACGCCCGAGGGUUACUAUUUGAGUACGGGGUCGACAGAACCCGUGACAGUCUAUUUCCCCGAUUACACUGUGGAGGACCUUCAUGCUAUAUUUAUGAGAAAUCAAGAAAACCCGAAGCUGUAUUCCUCUUUCUUAAGUGUUGUAUUGAAGCCUUUUUAUAGAAUUACGAGGCGGCUCGAUGAGUUGUUAAUUGCCUUGGAACCUUUGUUUCAAAAGUACUGCGAACCUUUAACUGAUCCAAGAUUGGUUCCUGAUGAGCCGACAAAGAGAAGGCUGUUUGAUAACCUUCAGCCUCACCUAUUAUCUGCUUUAAAUGAGACUUUCAAGGUGCCUUCUUGGUCUUCUCUUGAUGCUGCAAAGGAAGGAAUUAGUAAUAAGAAGUUGAAUUCACGGAGAAUAGGUGGGAAAGAGGCUUCUAAUGAGUUGGAUUUUCAUAUGUCGGUGUCUGCUAAGUACCUUCUUCUAUCUGCCUUUCUUGCUUCGAGGAAUCCUGCUACCCUCGAUGCAGCAUUGUUUGACUCAACUGGAGGAUCUAACAACCGGAGGCGCAAGAGAAAGAGUUCUCAGACAUCAAUCGACCAGAAAGAUGCUAUGGCACAAGAAAUACUUAUGAAGGGACCUGGAACUUUUCCAUUGGAGAGGCUAUUAGCAAUUUUUCAGUGCAUUGCAUCGGUGGCAGAAGAUGUAUUUGAUGAAGAACCUCAAGAAGAAGGAAUUAUGAGUGGAGGCGGGAAGGUUGGUCUAAUGUCUGAUGUUUUAUUGCAGCUGUCUACUCUUUGCAAUGCCAACUUUUUAUGCAAGAGUGGGAGCUGCCCAUUAGAAGGUUCCACCAGAUAUCGUUCUACUGUUGAUGAAGAAAUGGCUCUGAAGGUUGCAAGGAGUAUAAACUUUCCCCUUUCAAAAUACAUAUAUAGAAGAUAGGCUUUAAAUUCGCAAUUUUACAGUGUAUCAUAGUAAGGUGACAUUGACAAUCGACUGAGAUCUGUGUCAACCAUCUUUAGGAUAAUGUUCAAGCUCUCUCAUGCUAUUAUGACAAUGGUUUGCUAUUAGGACUUUAGAUCCAAGAUGCAUCUUUUUCUCUCUGUGCAAUCAAACAUAUGAUUUUUUUUCUGUCUUAAUUUUUGCAUUGAUCUCA